AUGCUGUUCUUCCUUCUUCGAGCAGCCGUAACGUCACGAAGAAUUUUUUUCUUCAUUUUUGUGUUGUUUUCAUUUGACGAAAUUAAAACCGAUCAGGGGUCGGUCGUGCAUAAAUACAGUACGCGAGUUGUCGUUACAAAAUACGGUCCACUUCGCGGCGUAAUAAUACAAAGGCAUUUCAAUCAGCCUCCCAUCGAAGCUUUUUUGGGCGUGCCUUACGCGACGCCACCCCUGGGCUCACUCAGGUACAUGCCUCCGGUCACUCCUUCGAUGUGGAAAAGCACGCGUUUAGCAGAUUCUUUUUCACCGGUUUGCCCGCAAAAUUUACCGGAAAUAGGAAAUCGUACGGAUGCUUUGUUGAAACUUCCGAGAGGAAGACUUUUAUAUUUGGAAAAGCUACUACCGCUUUUAACCAAUCAGAGCGAAGAUUGUUUAUACAUGAAUAUCUACGUACCUAAAGGGGUAUGGAAAACGACAAAGCAAAGGGAAAAAAAAAAUUUUUUUUUCUCUCUUUCUCUCUUUCCCUUUUUUUUUUUUUUUGAAAUACAAAAAGGUUUUAUUGUGCCUAAAAAAAAAAAAAAAAAAUUUAUGUAA